UGGUUGAAAACUAAAGUUGGCAAACAAAGAAAGGCAGCGUAAUAACGCAUUUAAACGUUAAAAUUAAGUUUUCUGAAGUGAAAGUUAGUUAGUUUAGUGUUUAUUAAGUGUUUUGUGUACGAUGUUGGAUUUAGAAAUCGUUCCGGAGCGAUCCCUGGGUUGCGAUACCUGGGAAUUCGUACUUGGGAUGCAUUUCUCUCAAUCGGUUGCCAUCAUACAGAGUCAAGUGGGUACAAUAAGAGGCGUACAAGUCUUAUAUAGUGAUCAGAAUCCAUUGUCAGUAGACCUAGUAAUAAAUAUGCCGCAGGACGGCAUCCGGUUAAUAUUCGAUCCGGUCGCGCAGCGCCUCAAAAUUAUAGAAAUUUACAAUAUGAAAUUAGUUAAGCUUAGGUAUAGUGGCAUGUGCUUCAAUUCGCCGGAGGUCACGCCGUCUAUCGAGCAGGUGGAGCACUGCUUUGGCGCGACUCACCCCGGCCUUUACGACUCGCAGCGGCAUCUCUUCGCGCUCAACUUUAGAGGACUUUCAUUCUAUUUCCCUGUUGAUAGUAAAUUUGAGCCCGGGUACGCGCACGGCCUGGGCUCCCUACAAUUCCCUAACGGCGGAUCUCCUGUCGUCUCCCGAACUACGAUCUACUAUGGAUCACAACAUCAGUUGAGCAGUAGUAACACUAGUGGGCGGUGCGCGGCGCCGCUGCCCGAGCUGCCACUGUCGUGUUACCGGCAGCAGCUGCACCUGCGCCGCUGUGACGUGCUACGCUCGCCGGCAGCCACCAUCGCGCUACGACUGCACAUGUACACUGAAGGAAGUUCGCGAUCGGGCGAGGGCACGCAGACAAUUCGGCGCGUGGUGCGGUUCGGGGACAGCUGCCAGGCGGUGUCGCGCGCGCUGGCGGCCCCCGCGCGCCUCUACUACAAGGCGGACGACAAGAUGCGCAUACACCGCCCCACCGCGCGCCGCCGGCCCCCGCCUGCUUCAGACUACUUCUUCAACUAUUUCACCUUGGGAUUGGACGUGUUGUUCGAUGCUCGCACGCACCGCGUCAAGAAGUUCGUGCUGCACACAAACUACCCGGGACACUACAACUUCAACAUGUACCACCGCUGCGAGUUCGAGCUCACCGUGCAGCCCGACAAAUGUGAAUCGAACAUGUUGGUGGAGAGCCGGGGCGCGGUGACGAUCACUGCGUACAGCAAGUGGGAGACGGUGUCGCGUGCGCUGCGUGUCUGCGAGCGUCCUGUCGUGCUCAACCGCGCCUCCUCCACCAACACUACCAACCCAUUCGGUUCCACAUUCUGUUACGGAUACCAGGAUAUCAUAUUCGAGGUGAUGUCAAACAACUACAUAGCGUCGAUAACUCUGUACCAGCCGGAGGGCACCCGGCCACACUACGCGGUCAACUCGAUCGCGUGACAUAGCCAGGCUUCGCCAAGCAAAGGGAAGUACACGUCUUGAAUGCAGUGUUGUCAGUACCAAACAAAAACCUCCACUAGUGUGUCAACACGGGUUCGGCAAUAUGUCACACAAUUUUUUUUUAUUCUGGCAAUAUGACUUUUACAUAUCUUACAAAGCACCUAAGAGGAAGCAGUAUUUAAAUAAAAAUGUGAUAAAAACUGUGGAAAAAAAACUCUGAAAAAUCUUACAUAAGUGAAUGACAGAUCUCAAGAUGGUGUGUUAUAUAGGUUUUUAUUUAACUUCAUAGCAAUAUACGGUUUAAAAAAAAAUAAUUUAAUAAUCCUACAUUAAGUUGAGUUUUUUUUUAAUUACAUGACGAGUGGGAAUGAUCUUUUUAGUGAUAAAUAGUCAAAUGUGUUCUUUUUAAGUCUUACAUUUGUAAUGUGAAGAAAAAAAUGUUUUAAAAUUUUAAAAAUUAAUCAUGGUAACUAGUAAUAGACUGUGCUGUAAAUAUUUUUGAAAAUUUGGAGAUAAAUGGAAUCAAAAAUUGAUGUAUUUUUUCUAAAAAUAAUUUUCGAAUUGAAAGAACAGUGUGUGAUUAUUGUGAUUUAAUAUAUGUGCAAAAAUAUUUUUGUCUAAUAGAGUAGCACCACAAUAAAGCCAUUUAUAUUUUAAUCUUUUAAGUGUAGUUUUUCUGUUAUAUUAAAGACUUCAUAGACAAAAAAAAACUUUUACAAAUUUACCUAUUUUAAUUGUAAUUAAAAUUAAAUUUCACUGGCAACAUUUUAACAUUGUACCAAAAUGAAGAUUAAAAACGUCAUAAAUUUACAUAACUGUCAACUGUUUAUGCUCAAAUAUUUAUCAAAGCAUUCUACAUAUCAUUUGUCUAUGGCGCCUUUAAUUGCCAGACUUUGUGACGUUAUUAUUUAUUUAAACGUCCCCGUAUUUUUUUAAGAUAUUGUGAUUUUCAUACUCUUCGAUUUUACAACGUUUUUUUUAUAAAAUCGAAAAGCUAGCUCGAUUGUAUGGUACCUUUAGGUUUCGAAAAAAAAUCGACUUAUUUAUUUUACGAAUUCCUAUUAAAACUGCGUUCGAGUUUUAAAUACGUAGAUAAAAUAAGGCAAAUAGAAUAAAAAAAAUCAGAAUGCUUGGAAAAAAUAAUGAGAAUAUAUAAUUGCAUGCGUUGGUUAUGUUUGUUUUUGCGUAAUGCGUAAAAUAUGUUAAUUUCAAAUGUUAAAUAUUGUAGGUAAUUGUCACAAA